UGUGCGCAGGCGCAGCUUUAUUAGUGGUACGACCUCUGCCUUCGGUGAGUGGAACAGGGGCGUUAGAUUUACGUUCAACAGCUAAAUUUGCCUUCAUCCACUUCAUCGGUUUUGAAAUCCCGAGCCGCUCAAAAUUAGCCAAACCUCAAAAUGUUCACCUGUGCGAAGUUCGUGUCCACACCCGCCCUGGUGCGUGCAAGCUCCCGAGCCCUCUAUAGGCCAGUUUCUGCUGCUGUACUGUCCAGACCAGAGGUCAAACCAGAGGUCAGUGCUGCUGUCCUGCCUCAGUUGCCCUUCACACAGGUGGUCCUCAGAAACUUCCAGACCAGUGCCGUGAGCCGUGACAUUGACACGGCUGCUAAAUUCAUCGGAGCAGGAGCUGCCACUGUGGGAGUGGCUGGAUCCGGUGCUGGAAUUGGAACAGUGUUUGGAAGCCUUAUCAUUGGAUAUGCCAGGAACCCGUCUCUAAAGCAGCAGCUCUUCUCAUAUGCCAUCCUGGGCUUUGCUCUGUCUGAAGCUAUGGGGCUCUUCUGUUUGAUGGUUGCUUUCUUGAUCCUGUUCGCCAUGUAAAAAUCUGCUAGUCGUGUAACGCUUGUAGUACAGUCAGGACUACAUAUUUUGCUGUUUCUACCAAAAUGUCUGCUGUUGGUCUCCGUGGGAGAUAAAAAUGUACAAUAUGUACACUCAGUGAAAAAUCAUCUAACAAUUAUAAGUUGUUUAACUGUUUAAACCUUAAAUCGUGUUUAAACCCAUUGUAUGAAAGAGGCAACAGCGCCAGUGGUGCUACUGAAACCAACACUAUGGAAUGAAGAUCUUUAGCACUUCUCUGUACAUCAGGAUUGGGGAAAUUUAGUGCCGUGUGUGUAGACUUUAUGGGUCCACUCAGAUGUUUUCAGAGGUAAAACUGCUGGUCGACAGUAUGACUGUAAAUUUAUUCCAAUUGGUUGAAGUUGAUUUUGUAAAUUGCAUUGAAUAAAUUUAGACCCCAGUUUACCGUAAGACAA